AAAUUGAAAUUGGAACUGAAUUACGUUUACAACUAGAAAGGAAGGAUACCAAGGAUACCAAGGACAAGAAGGAAAUUGCCAUCGAUUAAGUAACAACGUAUACAUAUAAACAGAUAGAUCAUAUAUAGUACAACAACUUCCAUCAAUAUGACCAAUCCAUCACAAUCUUUGGCUGACAAUAUAAGGAAUAUUCCUCCUGUUACUCGAUUCUUCACUAUCACAACUGUUAUCGUUUGUUUUGCCAAUUCAUUAAAAUUGAUUCAACCAAUUGAUUUGAUUUGUUAUUUACCAGUAUUAUUGGAAAAAUUAGAAGUACUUAAAACAGUUAUUCGUUAUGGGAACUAUUAUCAAAUCCUUUAUUCUGUAAUAUGGUUAGGAUUACAAAGUUAUCGAUUCUUUACCGCUUUUUUAUUACCUAUGGGAUUAUUUGUUGAUCAACCUUUUCAAGCUAUAUUAGAUAUUUAUUUCUUUUAUACGUUUGCUAAUCAUUUAGAAAGUUAUCAAGGGAAAUUUAGAAGAAAUUUCCCUGAUUGUCUUUGGUUUACAUUAGUGGCUGGUACUUGUAUUGUAUUAACUACUUUAAUUUAUAAUGCAUUUAUUGAUGCAAAUCAUUUCCCCAUUCAUCAUCAAAUGAUGUUAAGUUGUGUAACUUAUAUUUGGUCAAGAUCACUGAAAAAUUCCAUUAUAAAUUUCCUUGGAGUGGUUCCAAUUAAAGCUUAUUAUUUACCAUUAUUUAAUUUAUUCUUUAAAUUGAUUGUUAAUGGUUAUACAUCAUUUUUAGAUACAUCAAUUGGAAUCUUUGGAGGAUAUAUUUAUCAAUGUAUUCAAUCAAAUACUUUACCUAUUUAUAACUUAAUCCCAGGAGCUUAUGGUGCGGCUAAUCCAAAGAAUUUACAAAAAUCAGGUAGAAGAGUUGGUACAAUUCAACAUCUUAAUGGAACUACUAAUGAAUCGAAUCCUUCUGAAGCUAUUGAUGAUUCAAUCUUUGAUAAAGGUUAUUUAAAAGCUCCAAUUUGGUUAUAUAAACUCUUGGAUUAUCCAACUAAUAAUUCAGUUAGAACCACUGCUUUUGAUGGAAAUACUAAACAGUCCAAUAUUAAUAAUAAUAAUGAUGGUAAUACUUCCACCAGAAUAAAUAAAUUAGAAGAUCCUCCUCGUCCAUCAACCCCACCUUAUACAUCUUGGUUCAGUGGUGAUAAUGCUUUCCAAGGAAAAGGUUAUAGAUUAGGUGAUUAGUUAUAUUAUCCUGCUAGUCAGGUAGAAGUAGCUAAAUCAUAUCCCAUAUAUAUAUGCCAUUAUAUAUAUAUAUAUAUAGUCUAACAUAUCCCAUAUAUAGAAUGAUGUAAUGAAGUCAAAAAACGUCUAAAAUUUUAAACAAUAAUGACAAUGACAUAAU